AUGUCUGACGCACCAAAAACGCUGCCGCUUACCUUUGGUGUCGAGAUUGAAGUUCUCUUCGCCGUCAACUAUGACUUGAUGCAGAUCCGCGAACCAUCCACACCGCUCCUUACUCUCCUUAGGAGAAAUCGUCGGCCUGACCCAAGAGAUCAACUUACAGACUUCGACGGUGAGGAUGAUGAAAGAAUCCUGCAAGCCGCUGGUAUCCUGAGAAGGAGAGGUCUGGACUUUAUUGUACACCAACCACAUGACUACAUACCUGAGGGUGAUUCAAAGGCGUGGCCUUUGUUCAACAAUUGGGGCUUGACCGCAGAGGCCGCAGUCAUAUAUCCAGGUCACAAAGUUCAAAUUGCGACGUGGUCGAACCAUCGAAUUCUUGAUUUGGAAGGUUGGCAUUUCAGAGGGCUGGAGCUGAUAUCUCCUAUCCUUGACGUGCCAAACCCGCAGGCAUCUAACGGUGAGUCCGAAAGCUUGUCCCAAGUCAAUAAGUACCUCGAACUAAUCACGAAACGCACAGCCGCCAAUUCACCCUAUCUAUUCAUGGGCCACCCCAAGACAACUAGCAUCCAUGUGCACAUCGGUCUACGGCCUUCCGCAACAGGUCAAGUGGCAAUCCCACUACAUGUGCUUCGACAUUUGGCAUGGAUCAUCCUUACCUUUGAAGACACCAUUACCCUACUUCACCAUCCUGAGCGUCAUGGGUAUUCUGGCACAAAGUCCCAAUCUCACGCCCGCCCAAACCGCAGUGGAUAUGCUGCUCGCUUGGGUGAAGUCGACUCUCCUCAUGUCUGUCAGCCAUUUGAUCCUGUCAAGGCGCUCUUCCAGAUCUUCGACCUCAACAUGACCAAUGAAGACGAAGCCCUCCAAGAACUGAGGCGUAUUACGUGUGGUACACGAAGUUGGUCGGGGGAAUCUUCUUAUUAUCGUGACUUCUUCGUCAACUUCUCCAAUAUCGUCCGGUCGGAGGGAUGGAGGAAAAAGGCCACGGUCGAGUUUAGGCAACAUCAUGGCACUCUGGACGAGAAGGAUAUUGAUGAGUGGAUCAUCUUUGUCACGGCGCUGGUCAGAGCGGCAGAGCGCAAAGCAUAUCAAGCAGCCACGCCCGAGGACACGCCAAUGCCGGAACUGCCAGGCUCACUGUAUGGCGCAUCCGUCGACGACUUGCCCCUGCUGAUGGAAGAAAUGUCAAAGUAUGCCAAUAUCUUGAACACCCCCAGACGGUCACUGAAACUGCUUUUCGAUCUUCUAGAUCUUGGCAUCGAGCGGCGUCAGUACUGGUGGGCUAGGGCGGUGAAAUUCCAAUCCGUGUUGCGAGCGAGUAGCCGUUACCAGGAGGAUUCCCACAUUCGUUCACUGUGUACAGGGCUGCCGUGUCUACGGGAUUGUGAAGGUUGGGGAGAAGGAGAACUGGACGAGCCUCCAUGGGAUAUGGAAGAAGGGGAUAGCAGCGGUGACAGCAGUGGCUUGGGGAUGAGCACUCCUCGGUCCUCUUCCUCGAAUGACUAG